AUGGUAUGGAGAGUCAUCUUUGAAGCCUCAGAUUUAGAAUUUGAAGUGAUCCAUGAUGAUGUCAAAGCAACAAAAAAAGAUGAUGCACUUCGCUUGGCUGUCUCACAACUUGCUAAUGAGCUUAGUGAGGAAUUAAUGUUAUCUUUGCAGAAGUUUUUCGGUGUGCGCCGUGCUCAAGUGAUAUCUACGGGCUCCCUAAAGCUUGACAUAGCUCUUGGAAUGGGAAGAUUGCCAAAGGGUAGGAUUGUUGAAAUUUAUGGACGAGAAGCAGCUGGCAAGACAACACUUGCACUUCAAGUUAUUAAAGAAGCUCGAAAGCAUAGAGGAUAUUGUGCAUAUCUUGAUGUAGAGAAUGCAUUGGACGCUUCACUUGUGGAAUCAAUAGGUGUGAAUAUCGAAAAAUUUCUUGUCUCACAUCCAGACUGUGCCGAAAAUGUGUUGAGCAUGGUUGAUACAUUAACGAAAAGUGGAGCUGUAGAUGUGAUUGUGGUUGAUAGUGUUGCUGCCCUUCUACCCAAGCGUGAACUUGAUCAGUUAGGUGUUAGCACCAAACUAGAUUUACAACCCCAACUGAUGACCCAAGCACUGCGGAAAAUUCAGUAUUCAUUAUCACAUUCACAAACUCUUAUCAUUUUUGUUAAUCAGGUUGAAACCAUACUACUUGAUCAAUUUCAAACCUUACUAUUUGAAUUUCUUUUUGUAAUAUAUUUACGAUUCACUGGCUUUAUCAUUCCAUCUUCGUACAAAAUUGUAAUAUCCCGGCAAGUGGCAAUUCAAGGAAGGUGA